AUGGCUGAAGUCCCAGAAGAUUUCCACGUUGGCCCAGAAGAGACGCUGGAGCCUGAGACACUCAAACUGCCUAGACCUCUUGAGUUGCCCAAAGAUGCCGAAACGGACACUGUGGCGGAGACAGACGCGGAGCCACCCGCAGAGAUUGACCAAGAGCCACCGCCGCUGGAAACCCAGGGCGAGAACUUGGAAGAGGAGGCGCCUGAGAGUACUCAGAGUGGACAGCCACUAUCAGCCGGGACGCCUGAGGAAGACACUGCUCCCGACGCUGGGACCGACCUGUCUGGCGAAACGGAACAAAGGAUUCCCCAAGAGGUCAAGUCAGAGACUUCAGGAGAAACAGACAAGGAGAUCUUCAAGGAUCUGGAGGUGCCCGGGGAUGAACAGCGUGAGGAAACCGACCUGGAGCCAUCGGAGGAGGCGAAAUCAGAUGUUACAGAGGUUCGCACGGAGACAGAGGAGGAUUCGGAGCUAUCCUCCGAAAUGCCCGCGGCCACAAUCGGUGGGAAAAUACUUGAGCUACUAAAGGUUCCAGAGGAAUCACUUAGCGAACAACAUGCAGAAACGGAUGUGCAGCCUCCAGAGCAGAUCAGAGAGGAUUCCCCAAGUGACGGAUCAGUAACAGGGGAUGAAGAGACACUAGAGACAGCCCAGAUGGCCGGAGCCGAGAUUCCAGAGGAAACACAAGAGUUUCCAGACGACAAGCUGAGACAGUCCAUGGAGGAGAAAGCUGCAGAGCCAGCAGAAGAGAUCACGUCAGAAUUUGCCGGGGAAAGAUCGAGGGAACCAAGUCCAACACUGUCAGAACAGACGGGAUCAGAAGUUCCAGAGGACACAGGUGAAGAGUCAGAAGAGGGGAUGGAAGAACAGUCUUCAGAGGAUGCCGGUCUAAUGCCUCCAGAGGAAAGCAGGCCAGAAGUUCAAGAGGAGACCCGAACAAAAUCAACUGAGGAAGUUCUAGAGCAAACAGAAGACAAUAAAUCAGAAGAUCAAAUCGAGAGGCAAAGAAAAUCAACUGAAGAGCUAGAGCUGCUACAGCAGGCUGAAACACAGGAGACACUGGGAGAGUCCGCUGAAGAGAAAGAGCUAGAAACACCAGAACAGAUGCAGCCAGAAUUUCCAAAGGAAGAACUGUUACAGAAAUCAACUGAGGGCACAGGUCAAGUGCCACCACAGGAGACCAAGCCAGAGACUCAAGAGAAGACAGCAGCCAUGCCAACUGAGAGAAGUCUAGAGUUACCAGAGGAAACCCAACAGAAAGAAACACUUGCAGAACUUGCCAAGCAAGACAGGCCCGAGCCCAUCAAAUCUGCAGACGAGGAGGAGCUGCAGCACUCUGAGAGCCUUAGAACAGACCUUGCCUUAGAGCCUGACAGAGGAAGUGAAGUCAUAUCUGUUUCUACAGAUUAUGAGUAUUAUUCGGAACUUCAAAGCGUGCUUCCAUCUGUUCAGUCACAUUACUCCAACGUGUAUAUCGUAGAGUCACAGCCUGAACUCACAGACCUUACUAAAAAGACUACAGAUUCAUCCCAAGAAUUGCAGGAACCAGGACCUAAAGAUAAAGGAAUCCAGCCAAAAGAAAGACUUGUGCCACAAUUUGAUUAUCUCAAGUGGAGUCCGGAGAGAGUGGCAGAGUGGAUUAGCGAGUUAGGCUUCCCACAAUACAAGGAGUGCUUCACUGCAAACUUCAUCAGUGGCCGAAAACUCAUCCAUGUCAACUGCUCCAACCUCCCUCAGAUGGGGAUAACGGAUUUUGAGGACAUGAAGGCAAUUUCUCGGCACACGCGGGAACUACUGCAAAUUGAAGAGCCGUUAUUCAGACGCAGCAUCCGAUUUCCCUAUAGAGACAAUAUUGGCCUCUUUUUAGAGCAGAAGGCCCAUAGUGGAGCAAAAUCUGAUGCCUUAACCUUAUCUGAAUUUGUCAAAGCAGCAAGAUUACAGGAUUAUGCUUCUGAAAUAACUGCCCUGGAAGAGAAUGGGGCAUCCUAGGGAAGGCCAUUUUACCUAGCCUAGAAAAUCGCACAAUUCCUUGGGGGAAGAAGUGUGGUCUUCUUGGGCUUUUCUGUUUUGCCAUUUCAUUCAGGCUCAGAGUUAGAACUCCUGGCUGCAUUCCCAAUUUUUCACUGAUUCACGGUACCUUCCCUUCAUUUGUGUUUCAGUUUAGCUCCUCAUUAAAACAAAGACAGCAAUACUUAUCUUUCUGGGUAACUAUAAGAAUUUCUGAUAAAUUCUAGAAAUGCACCUGAUAGUAGGGACAUGUUGGGGGCAAGUAUAACUAAAAUUGAAAUAUCCUGCCAACCCAGAAAAUCCUCUAAACUAGUACAGAGAAGAAGCUGUUUCAUUAGAGUGACCACUACAAGUGUGAUGCAUAUCACGGGCAAGCUGUUAAUGGGGCCGCACAAAGAAAGCUCACCCUUAUAAACAGGCAAAUCGAAUCCACUGCACUCAUGUUAAUUAUCUGUAUCCAAAGGAAAGCUUGUCACAUCUUGACAGCGAGCAGGAAUGGACUGACACCAGGCACACAGGCUAAGUUCCUGGAGACAGGGUGAAAUGUGGCAGCGGCAUCCUCAAGGCUACACUGCAGAAAGGUGACCCCAAGUGCCCACACACAAGCGGGCCUGGGUGCAAAACUGACUUUUGAAGGUUUACAUACUCUUUAAAACACAAGACCAAUGUUUAGAAUUACACGUUUCCUGAAGGAAAUGUUUUAAGAAAAAGGUGGCUUUUUGCCCUCAGAGAAAAGAUUUUUUUAAAAAAUCAACUUGGAUUUGUAUGUAUCCUUUAAAACAACAUAUUCAAGUACCACUAUGAAAUAUGAUCUGGGAUUGCUUACGUAACUUUUUAUGUGAUACCUUCUAGAUCUGUAUAAAAUGAAACUCAGGGGACUGGCAUGUUCCAAAGGAUACUGGUUUGAAUCCUGGGUGUUCCUCUUCUAAUCCAGAUCCCUGCUAAUGUAUUUGAGAAAGCAGCAGCAGAUGGUCCAAGUGCUUGGGCCCCUCCAUCCACAAGCAAGACCUGGCUUUGGUUUCCCCAACCCCAGCCAUUGUGGCCAUUUGGGGAAUAAACCAAAGGAUAGGAAGAUGUCUCUC